AUGCUGAAGAAACAUAGGCAUGGAAUGAUUUUCAAAAUGCCGAAACUGAAAGACCAAGGUGCACUGAGUGAGGAGCUAUCAUCCACAGAAGAAAUAUCUUCAUCGAAACUUUCCCACGAGAAGUAUUUGUCGGUAACAUUUGCAUUUGUGUCUGACAUUUUACAUACUUUUGCUGUAUUAAAGACGGCAUUUCUACAAUCGGGAAGGAUGCUAAAUCAAAGGAAAAGGCGGAUUCAAGGGAAAGGAUUUUCCAUUGAUACAUUGAUAAAUCUUUCAUCCAACCUUCCCAUCUCCACUAGGACAGUCCAAACCAUUGUGGAAGUCGAAGCCUUUGCCCUAAAAGCCGACGAUCUGAAGUUUGUGGCAUCUCAGUUCCGACGCCUUCACAGCAAGCAGCUGAGCCACACUUUUAGAUUCUACUCGCAACAAUGGCGCACAUGGGCCACAUGUUUUAUACAAGCUGCAUGGCGGCGCUAUAGCAAGAAGAAGCUUGAAGAGUCUCUUGUUGAAGAGGAGAACAGGCUGAAAGAUGCAUUGGCAAAGGCUAGUGGUAGCUCAGGAAGUCUAAAUGCCCUCAGAUUAUUGCGGCGUAGUGGCACCGCAAGGAAGACAAGGAUGUCAGAGAGAAUACCAGCUAUGUUACUUCAGAAGCCUGAAGAACCUGACUUUACCGAAGAACAAUAGUAUAUAGUUAA